AUGUUGAAUAUAACUUAUGAUGCUAAUGUUAUGAAUAAUGAUCAAGAAAAUUCAUAUUGCGACACUAUUACCGUAUUAAAUCUGUUUGCAGAAAACAUGGUUAUAAGAAGUUUAAUAUACAAAAUAGGAAUUAUACCGGGUCAUUUCGCGAUUCAGACUUACUUGGCCAGUAUAUUUCGAUUAAUUCCCAAAUUAACCUUGAGUCAAUCCAUUUCAUCAUCAUCCUUCAUUCCUUAUAAAAGUGAACGUCCAAAUACUAAAAUAGCAACCAUAUGGAUACCAAAAGGUAGUCAAGUCACGAUAAUCUUUCGGAUUUUGUCAAUUUAUACAUUAAUUGGCGUAUCUAGUCUUCUGUUGAUCAGAGGAUUUGAUAUGGAUAGGAAUGGUGAUAAUAGAAGUGCAAGGAUCCUUUCAUUUUGUGUAGAUUUGAUUUAUGAAUUUAAUAAUUUAUUUUAUGUAAUAUGUCUUUUAUUUUAUGGGAGUAUAUCAGUUAAUUUGGCAAAAAAAGGUAUUGAAUUGGCUGGAAUUGAUGAUAUUGAUGAGAAUUCAAAUCAAGCUUCACAGGAAAGUCAAAUUAGAUUUAAAGCUCGUAUUCGCAAGAGAAUUGAAAAAUGUGACGAAAAUUAUGGAAUCGGAUAG